GUGCAAAAACAGCCAACUCUCUAGUCUUACUCUUUCCCCUUAUCCCUCUCUCUCCCUCUCUCUCUCCUCUGAUGAUAUGAAAUCAAAUUACGAAACCGAAAAACAUUACUCCCUUUAGGCCGCCCUUUUUUUUCCCCUGACUCCCUAAACCCUCCUCACCCACCAACCCUUUCUUUUUUUCUUUUUUUUUUCUUUUGGUUUUGUUUGCCGCUUAACAAUCUGAUCACUGUAUGUUUUUAAUCAUGAAUUUCUAUUCAGAAUUUAUGAUGGAGUUGUUGUUUUCGUGAUCAUUUUUUUUUUAAUUUUUGGGACUCUCUUGUCGGUGCUUUAACAACUCACUCUCCUCUGAUCCCAGGGUUUGCUGAAGUACCAGAAUGGGAGACUCUUUAUCCGGACCUAAUUCAAAUAUGUUACCAGAAGUAAGGGUUAGUUGUAGGAAGAAGCAAUCAAUAACUUACCUGGCUGCCUCUGCCUCGAAGGUUUUGUCACAGAAGACUGUUCAAUCCAUCACUUCUGCAAAACAGCACUUACAGGGUAGUGGAGUUGUUGGCGACCUGGUGCUGUUUUUAGCGAUGACCGCCGCACUGGAGGUUGUGAGAAGGUUUUCAAAGGCCAAGUGCCCUUUUGUUUGGCGAGCUCUUCAGACAUUGCAAGCUAUUCACUUUCCUCCAUUCAAGUGGUUUCAGAGAUGGCUUCCAUUUAAGGGGCUAGCUAAAAGCACUGAGAAAUUGUCGAGGCCCAUGCUAGUUCUCUCAAUUGCAACAUUGUUCUCUGAUGAAGCUGGAUACUCACCUGGAAACUCAGAUGGUGCUACUCAUUCUCAAGAUUCUUCUAGUCCUGGAGCAGGAUCAUCUUCCCAGACAUCGAGGCCAGAGAUUGGGGCUAGCACGUCAGAGAAUUGGUUGCUGCAACUCGAUGAGGAGCUCAAAAAGCAGGGAAUAGAACGCCCUGAGAGGCUCGGCAGGGAUGAGCUCCUCCGGUUCUAUGCAGCUGUUCAUGGUGAUUUUCAGAAAUUGAUUGCGGCAGUCAAGAAGACAAUCAACUGGAGGCAGAGUUAUGAGCUUCUUCGGCCUCAGGAACUCCGAGCUUGGUCACAUUUGAUAUUUUGGCAUGGACAUGACACAAGGCAGCGUCCCUGCCUCAUCCUUCGCCUAGGACUUGCUUGCUCCACUCUGCAAUCUUCUGACAUGCCUCUCCUUGUAAAGGCAGUUGUUUCCCAAAUAGAACAUGGCGUUCUAAACCUGGUGAAGGUGGAGCAACCUCAAAUUAUGGUUUUGAUGGACUGUCUUGGUCUUUCUCCACUUGGAUUUCCCAUAAACAUGAUGAGAUCCUGUGCUACUCUUCUGCAAGACCAUUAUCCAAACAGGCUGGGGUCUUUGAUGAUAGUGAGGCUUCCGCACCUUGCACGAGUUGUUACACAAACUCUGUUCCAGGUAAACCCCAAUCUUCUACUGCUUGAGGAAAAUAAUUGCUCCUGUGGCGGGGUUGAUAAUGCAACGAUGAUUUGUUUUCCUCUCCUCUCAGAGAAUUAGUUUUUAACUGACUACCAUGUCAUCUUUGUAAUUGUUGUCAUUUUCUGUGUGGGUCAAUCGCAUCCAUGUGUCUGUCUAUUGUUUUUUGUGACUACUUAAAGGUAGAAUAUUCACCACAGAGCCCAGCUCAUCCUUGUGUGUAUUUCUGUUUUUUUCUCAGUCGCUAUGGUAACCUUGCUUUCUUGAUGUUUUCCUGUUAUGUCGGAAUGGUUGAUUUCCUCUUAACAAAUUCCUUAGAUGAUCACUGGACCUAUUUGACUUGGACAUAUGCUCUCUUUACGUCCAUGGGUACUGCUUUUUGCUAUGUUACAAAAUGUUCCAUAAAUUAAAAACUGUAUGUAGGUUCUCAAACCAUCCACACGACGCAAAGUGAGAACUCUUGGGGGGAACUAUCUGGAGAUCCUGUCUGAAUGCCUUGAAUCACUCCCUCCUUUCCUUGGUGGUAACUGUACGUGCUCAAUAUGUUUGACCAUGGGUGCUGGUCAGGAUGGGAAUGGAGAAACAUCUUCAGCUCAACAAGAAGCUGAACCUGUAGAUGAUCGGAGUGUACAUGAGCAACUUGUUGAGCUCAUUAUUGAUGAUGAGGACGGGCAGGACUUUAAGAAGACCAUCACUAUUGCCAUGAUGGUUUUGUGCGUGAUUUUUUUGUUAUGUCUGAGCAUCCGUCUGCGAGAAACUCUCUCUGUUAUUGUGUUGGAAAAGCUCAUGUAGAGGUCAGUUUCGUAGGUCAUACAACAACAUAGGAGUUGGCAGAUCUGUAAGCUGUAAAGUGUAUACUAAUUGAUAGGUUUUUAUGCGGAUCUCAAAUUAAAUUGAGCACAUAACGAUUCAUGAACCUUUUUUUGUAAAUGUUUCAAAGUGAAUCGAAUAGGGUUUAUCCGAAUCUGUCAUUUAUCCGAAUCGAAAUUGAACCCUGGUAAGCUUGGAAGCACCUCCAGCUUCGAGCACGAUGAUCAGGCCUCUGAAACUCAUAAGCACUUCUGGAGUGAAAAUUCGGACUGUGAGCUCUUUAAUGUGGCAAAGAUUGAUUUGAUUUGGUGAUGAACAUUUUUACAGGAGCUUCUUGAGGAGUUAAAGGAGAAAAUUAUGGGACUGAUGCCUUCAAAUAUAGUUUAAAAACCAUAACCGGUUCCGGUGGGGGAGAGCAAAACGGUCUGAGUCUGAGACUUACACCAUGAAUCUCAUAGAAAUGUAUAAAGGAAAAAAAGGCCGAUACUACCAAAGCAACCUAUUAGUUGCUUGCAUACUUCGGCUCGGCCAUAACAUAAUGGUAAGCAAUGGCCAUGACAAAAACUAACACACCAAGAAAGCUGGCAAAGAAUCCCAAAUCCACAUCAUCCAUCCCUGCAAUGUUGUCAGGUGAUCAAGUUAUUGGCAUAUCUCAAGGAAAACAAUCACAAUAAAUUGAUAUAAAAAAAAUUUUAAAAAAAGAGAGGGAUAGAUAACCACAGUAAUGUCAUACAAUACAAGAUGCUUAAUUGUUCAGCGACCCAAGGAAAGUAUCAACCAAAAAAAAAAAACAUUCAUUAAAGAGUUAGCUCCUGCAUCUUCCCUGGCAGCAUUUGAAGCUUCCAAAAGCUUCUUUUAACGUUCAGAAUAUUACUAGUUGUGACCAGGAAGACAAACAAUAGGUGGCAAAGAUUUCUUGUGUUUCACAUUGGUAUUUCAAUUUUCAACUGCAACUGGUGAGAAUAGAACAACCAGGUGGGCUAGUGCAAAGGAAACUGGGACAUUCUUCAAACUGUUUUCACUUUUGCAUGAUCAACCAUUUGCACUGAAAAAUCAGUAAGUUCCUUUUCAAGCUAAAUUAGAUGAUCUGAUUCCCCUGACUAAGAAAAGGUGGAGGUGGAGUGGUUGUCAACCUGUCUAGCCUAAUUGCAGAUUAACAAUACACACCUAAAAACCUUGCUUCAUGAAUCAGCAUUUCUGGCAAAAAAAACAAAUCAAAGACUACAUGGAGGAAUGCGAUCGCAGUGGGAUUCGAACCCACGACCUUUAGAUCCGGAGUCUAACGCGAUAUCCACUCCGCUAUGCGAUCGUUUUUGGUCAACCAAAGCAAGUGGUUGAUGUUGUGUGCCUUCUACUGCAAUUCCUCGUGGCCGUAAAAGUAAAGGUAGAAGACAAAAGAAGACCCGAAAGUAGUAGGCAGGGGGGUUUUCCAGAUUCAACAUUCAGUGUCUCCAAUGCAUACAAAAACAACAACUGAAUAAACUGGUCCCAAAUCUCAAAAUGUAAAAAUUGAAUGCAAAAGCUUCCAAAUCUGUGAAUUUGUCUCAUAAAAACAUAAAGCACAACACAUCUCCUAAAACUUCAACAAGGUUUUGAUUUCGUUUCUUUCAAAAUAAGAAAAAUAAUCCAUCGCAAGCACAAAAUACAACAGAUCGAUGCUUACCUCCACGCGACGAUCAAAAUCGGCGAAGAAUCCAACUUUCAGUAUACCAGUUUUGCUGGGAAGAAGACGCGAAAAAACUAAUGAGAGAUUGAGAACGACAGUUUUUGCCACAUGGGAGGAGUCAAAAAAGUGGGUGAAGACGUAAAGUGAGAGAGGAAGAUCUGGCGACUGGAGUUAUUCACAAGGUUACUUCCGGAAUUGCAAACAAAAAGAGGGUUAUUUCUGGAAUAUGAAAAUAAAAUCAAGGUUGGGGGGGGGGGGGAACUAUGUUUA